GGAAAUAGAGGCGUCUCGUUCUUUCCGGUGGUACUUGCCGCUGGUGUUUGGGAGUCGGGGAGGGGGCUGAGGUGUCGCUUCCUUCCUGGCCUUUUCGGGGCUUUGUUCCUCCAGUAAGGCCUGGGAGAGACUUCCUGUCUCUAUGGUUGCUUUGUCGUUGCUGCCGCCAACAUGAUGCCCGUCUUCAAGAGCAGCCGGCGCGACUUCACUUUUGGGCCGUGGAAGCUCACCGCUGCUCGGACCCACAUUAUGAAGUCGGCAGAGGCCGAGAGGUUAGCUGAAGAAUUGCACAUGCCUUGUGUCCCAGAAAUGAUGUUUGGAGAUAAUGUCCUAAGAAUUCAGCAUGAGUCUCUUUUUGGGAUAGAGUUCAAUGCAACUGAUGCUUUAAAAUGUGUAAAUAAUUCCCAAGGCAUGGUUAAAGUUGCCUGUGCUGAGGAAUGGCAAGAAAGCAGGACUGAGCCUGAGCACCCAAAGGAUGUUGUUAAGCCUUAUGAUUGGACCUAUACAACAGAUUACAAAGGAACACUAUUAGGUGAUAUGUUUAAAUUAAAGGUUUCCACCACAACAGAACAUAUAGAUACAGAGAAGCUAAAAGCCAGGGAACAGAUUAUGUUUUUUGAAGAAGUGCUGUUGUUUGAAGAUGAACUUCAUGAUCAUGGAGUUUCAAGCCUCAGUGUAAAAAUAAGGGCAAUGCCUUCAAGCUUCUUUGUGCUGUUGAGGUUUUUCUUGCGAGUUGAUGGUGUGCUUAUCAGAAUGAAUGAUACAAGACUUUACCAUGAGGCUGACAAAUGCUACAUGUUGCGGGAAUACACCUCUAGAGAAAGCAAAAUAUCUUGUUUAACGCAUGUUCCUCCGCCCCUGUUUACGGAUCCUAAUGAGAUUGCUCAGUAUUUACCUGUCAAGGAAACUCUUUGUGAGAAGCUGCAAUUUCCAGAGAAUUUGCAUCCUGAAUCUGCAGCAGCACCAGAAGGCACUUAAGUGGAUUCUAAAUGAUUUUGUGGACUUGAAAUAGACAUUGUUCUGGAGAUCAUACAAUAAUUUGGCCAUUACCACUGAAGAUUUCACUACUUGCUGGAAAAGGAUGUAUAUCUGGCUAAUAUUUCUGUAGCCUUAGAAGAAAAAGGCUAACUUCAACGUGUUGCUAAUGUUUCAAAAUCGCUUUAUUUCAACUGUGCCUGGAAGCAAUGAUAAACUGGUUGUGAAGUGGAAUUUUCUGAAAUUAGAGAAUCAGCCCCAAAUCAUCAGCCAUUCAUUUGAAUUAUAAAGCAUUUCAAGGUGGUUUGAAGGGAUUUGAAAAAUAAGAUGCAUUCACAGGCUUGAACAGUUUUAAAGAAGUUUAUUUUAACAUAGUCUUUUGUUAUAGAAGGACCCUGUUUCAUACAGUGCUAAGAUUGCGUACAUUGGUAAUACUUUGUCUCUAGCUCAGAUUUGCUCAUCUUAUUGAGUGAUCACUGAUGCUUAACAAGUUUGUGGAUCUCAAAAUAUGUAUUGGAUACUAUUACUAUUUUUAUCAGUUGCUUGAUGUCUGUCCCUAAAUAAGAAAGAUGUGAGAUGCUGUUUGAAGUCUUCUAGAGGAACUAAGAAUACUUCAUAGACCUAGAGAAAUAAUGUAACAGAGAGUUGCAUAAUAAACAUAGCCAAGUACUGCUUUACAGUGGGAUCUUUUGCUUACUGUUUUCUAUGACUUUUGAUUCUGGAGUGCUUAAGUCAGUUGAAUAUUAAUAAGAUAUUCUUGACUGAAAUUUUUUGGAAGUGUCUACAUUUCUGGUGGUGGAAAAUCAAUUUUAAAAAAAAUCCCCAAGGGUUUAUAUAAAUUGCAUUGUUAGAACAAGUACAUUCAUGUGGUUUCUUGUAUAAAGUGUUUGCUACAUUUUUAUUAAGCUACUAUAUGUCAUUUUAAAGUUAUGGAUACUUGAACUGCAACACAUUCUAAUAUGAUUACAAGGAUAUUCAUAAAUGUGUCAUUGUGUUCAGACAGUGGCCCACGGUGUUUUAUACACUAAACAUCACUCUCCCCUUUCCCUAAGCCAUCUUUGGAAGAUAGCAAUCUGUGCUGUGUGUUCUCUCUUCUGGUCCCAUUCUUUAUUUCUUAUAGGAGAUUAACACCACUGCUGUGGGGGAACAUUUCUUACUUUGUUAUUGAAAAUUGCUUUUUAAAAGUGUCCCCGCAGUUCCCUUAUAUGCACAUUUUUUGCACAAUGGAGCCACUGGGGCACUUCAGCAACAUGUUUCUGCUGCAACAGAGGGUUUUGGGUGCACAGGAGAGUGCUCCGGGAGAAGUGCCCACUGGCUCUGUUGCACACAAAUGUGCAUGUAAGGAACUAAUGGAGCUGUGAGAGCAGUCCCACUAUGUGCUCAGAGGUGCUAUUUAUGUGCACAUGUCAGUAAUUGGGAUGUCAGCCACUGACUUAUCCAGACUUCCUCUUAUUCCCCACCCCCACCAUGAUUACUCAUCAUAUAUGCCAAAACAACAAAGUUGAUGAUGGAUUGUUUGACUUGGGGAUGGGACUGGGAUGAAAUAUGUAUGGUUAGUUUCCACAGAAAGAGGUUUUGUUCAGUGAGAAGGAAUGAACCUAAAGCAAGGUCAAGUAUCUUUGAAUAGUAAGGACAAAUGAAUCCUAUUGUGUCCUUUACUUAGGGCAGCGGUUCCCAAUCUUGGGUCCUCAAAUGUUGUGGCUAGGAGUGAUAGGAGUUGGCCAACGACAUCUGGGAACCCCAGGUUGGGAACCUGUGACUGAAGGUGUGCUUAAUUUUGAGGUAGGGAUAAAAUAUCUGGAAUUAGUAUGAGAACAGAAAUUAGAAGUGCUGUAUUACAUAUUUGCAUUCAUUAAUGUACAAAGGUACCAGGGUCCAAGUAUAGUAAUAGACAUUCUAGUCUACCACAAAUAGAUGGAUGCCAACAUUGGACCUAGCUGGUAGAAAAGAUGGAUUACUGGACAUUGUUUCCUCGUGGUGUUUUUGUGUGAUGUUGUUAAGCAGUUGUGCUAAAUACCCCAAACAUUAACCCGUCAUUCUUGGUAAAACUGCACACACAGUGAGAAUUGGUGAUGGUAGAGGAACCAUAUUUCCCUGCAAGAAUAAAUGCCAUAUAGACCCUUUUUGUUGUAAAUCAUUGUGAAUGCUGUGUGAUACACACAAGGCAGUAAAAUCUACUCCUAUAUAUGGAAAUGGUUCUAUUAUAUGUUUCCUCAUGGAACUAAGCAAGCUCCAAUUUUGGUGGGAUAUACUAUAUACCAUCUUUCAGCACAAGCAGCACUGAAUUAAGGGCAGCUGCAUUCUCCUUAUGUAGCAACACUCAGUUUCAAAGGGGCUUGUGCAGGAGUAAUUGCUGUUAGAUUGUAUUUCAGUCUGUGCAUGGAAAAAAGGCAUUUCUUACUGUUCUCUAAUCCGUUAAACAUGUGAUAGUUUAUACUGUAUGCAUCUUAUCACUAAAUAAAAAUGUAUGCCACACUUUAAA